AUGCCCACAGGCGUGCACACGCUCUCGCCAUCACCGCGCAUUCCUGGGGCCUCGGCCGCCCAGGAAGAGCAGGCCUCCUCCAGAGGUGGACUUGCCGCUCAGCAGAGGGCCCAGCAAACCAGCCAGAAAUUCGCACCCCCCGGGGUCUCCCACUCCAGGUGCGCCGAGCUCCCCCCUCGUCCUGCAGCUCCUGAGGAGCCCGGACUGCAAGGAGACCAACUGUCCCCAGGCAGCCUGGUCCAUAGCUUGAUAAAUUUCAAGACCAACCGUCCCCAGGCACCCUGGGCCACGCUGGGGCCCCACGGACCACAGGAGGAGCCCAAGGCACAGGCCCAGGCCCAGCCUGGAGACGUCCCACUCCUGGCAGGCUGCAGCAGCCCCCCCAUCCUGGAGGAGCAGGCGGGGCCCCCUGUACCCCAGGUGGGACCAGGACGUCACGCCCGCUGGGGAACUGAGCCCAGAACGGCAUCGCCGUCUACCCGGAAGCCUCACUCACCCACAGGCAGAAAGUUCGUGCUCAGGAAAGGCCGUAUGCUCUCCAGAUCGGGGCCUGGGUCCUCGGGCGAGGGCACCAUCGCGGAGGGACCGAGGGCUCUCGGCAGUGCGGCGGCAGCUCCGCAGUCUCAGGCCCUUCCAGCCACCACUCGGUCUGGGCAGUGGGUGGAGGCCACGCUGGCCUCCCAGGCAGCCAUCGGCCCCGGGGCUGUCUGGCUGGGCUCCCACCACCCCCCACCAACCGCCUCCUUGCUCCCGCAGGCCAGCUCCUUCCAGAGACUUCCUCUGUGCCCACUGCCUCCUGACGGAGCUUCUGAGGCCUGGCCCUCGGAUGGACAUCGGGACACCCGGGCCCCGAGACACCCGGAGCCACGCUCUGCUCAGGUGGGAAAAACAGCGGGGGCGGGGGGCAGGACCCCUCCCAAGGGCCCCUCAGAGCCGCCCUACCUCGUGGCCCUUCUCCAGCCACCUGGGAAGGAGGGCCCCGUGGCGGUCUGCCCUUCCUUCACCCUGGCAGGCUUCAGCCCCCAAGCCCUCCACCUGGCCCAGCCCCCCCAAGAUCAGCAGCAGACCCAGAAUUGGCUGCCCCCCAGGGCCCGACAGCCAGGGGCCCCGUCCCAGGCUUGCCCAUCCCCCUCCCUGCUCCCCCAGGAGUUCCCUGGGGUCCUGCACGUCCCACGAGCACAGAGGGGAUGCCACGCAUCCCCCGCUUGCCCACCCAAGCCCGGCUGGGCCCGCAUAGCCCUCCACAGGCCCACCUCCCCUCCUGGGCGCCCCCUCGCCGCCACCCGGGCCCCCGGCUCACCUGCGGUGGCUCCCCCGAGGCGGCUGGACCACCACGGCCCCUUGGCCACACAGCCCAAGAGGCCGGCGCCAGCUCUGGCCGCUGAGCCGGCUACUGCCAGGGCUCCGAGCAGGCCCCACGCUUCCUGCCGCGGCGGGAGCCCAGGAGCUGUGCCCAGACAUGUCUGCCAGAGCGGGGCCGGGCGUGGGGCUCGGGCUGGGCUGGCACAGUCGAGCCUAAUUAGGCAACAGCACCCACCAGGAGCUGAGGCGAGGCCACGGAGGGCCGUGAGCCACGCUGGCCCCCGUGGGGAGGGGCUGAGGGUCAGAGGAGCUGCCCGGCCGUCCCCAGCUCGGCCCCUCCCCCUCUCACAGGCUGACCCCCGGGCUAAGGAGGGGCACCGCCCCUCUCAGGCCUCCAGCCUCUGCUCAGACCCCGGCCCAGACGCCAGCGUCAUGCCUGGGAACUGGCUACUGCCCACAGAAGCCAGCCGUUUAAUCAGGACCCUCGGCACAGGCCCGGAUAGGCCGGAGGGUGGCCCGGCCGAGCCCAAGCACCCAGGGGGCGAUGCCCACACCCAGACGGGCAGAUCUGCCUCCAUAGAAUGGCCAGUGCCCAGCCUCGAGGCCCCGGGAUGGAGUGGCUGCCAUCUAGCAGUUCCUGGUGAGUCCACAGCGCCCACCCGCCAUGCCGUCGCCCGCUGCAGGGGCCUAGGUGUCCCUCAGGCCCGGCCUCCCGGCCUGGACACUGGCUACUGCUUCCAUCCCAACCCCGCGGUGCCCCCUCACCAUGCUCCACAGAGCAGCGGGCUCGCAGUGAGAGCGCCACAGGGGCCACCGCGAGCCCCCCUCCGGCCACCCUCUCCCUCUUGCCCCCCGCCUUCUGUGUCAGCGCCCAGGAGGUGGGGCCGCCACAUCCUCCACUGGCAGCGCUGGCAUGAGAAGAAUCCCAACCCACCAACCCCAGCCCAGCUGGUGUGGCUGCACUGGGCCUGGCCCGAACAUCCAGCCUUUCUAGACCCUCUGCCCAGGUCCCCCCUGGUGUCCACCCCGGGCUGGACACCUGGCCCGAGGCUCCCAAGGGCUGACACGGCACGGUAUCUGGGAAUCAAAAGGAUGGCCCGUCUGCUGCCCAGGGCCCCCAACCCAGCCUUGCCCAUCCCCCUCCCCGCUCCCCCAAAGCUGCCUGCGGAGUCUCCCCAGGUGGGACCCUCACUGCCCAAAGCCUCCCCCGAAGCCCCUUCCCACACAGAGCCUGCUUAUUCCCGCAUCCCUGCCACCCCAGCACAGCCUCCAGGCUGGGAGUGGGGUCCAAGAUGGAGGAGCCCUGAUGAUGGGGCGACAGGUCAGGGCUCCCCUGUGGCCUGA